AUGAGCCGCGCCGUUCUUUAACCAUUCGAAGAAUAUCAAAAAGCUCGUGUAUAAUUCGUUCAAACAGUAGCCGUUCUAGCCCGAAAGCCAUAGAAUAUCGAAGCAUUACAAGCGGCAGGAGUAAUGGCUUUACUAAAACCAUUAUUAUUAGAUAAUGUACCUUCAAUCCAAUAAAGUGCCGCCUUAGCUUUAGGUCGUUUAGCGAAUUAUUCUGAAGAUCUAGCCGAAGCAGUAGUUUCAGCCGAUAUAUUAAACUAAUUGGUAUUAAGUCUUUCAGAAUAAAAUCGUUUUUAUAAGAAAGCAGCCGCUUUUGUACUUAGAGCAGUUGCAAAACAUUCCACUAGUUUAGCUCAAAAUGUAGUAGAUUCAGGCGCUUUAGAUGCCUUAGUAGUUUGCUUAGAAGAAUUCGAUCCUUCGGUAAAAGAAGCAGCCGCUUGGGCUCUUUCUAAUAUAGCAAAACAUUCAAGUGAUUUGGCUUAAAGUGUUGUCGAAGUUGGAGCUGUACCUUUACUUGUUUUAUGUCUAUAGGAACCUGAAACUGCUCUUAAAAGAAUAUCAGCAGGGGCUUUAGGUGAAAUAUGUAGACAUUCAUAAGAGUUAGCUUAAAGUGUAGUUGAUGCAGGUGCUGUGCCUUUUUUAAGUGCUUUAAUUCCACAUAAUGAUGCUUAAUUAAAAAGAUAGGUUUGUAAUUGUUUAGGUUAUAUUGCUAGACAUACUAUUGAUUUAGCAGAAAGAGUUGUCGAAGCAGAAGUUUUCCCGAAGAUUCUCUAUAGAUUGAAAGAUUAGGAUUUAUUAGUGAGAAAAUUCGCUGCUACUUGUAUUAGAGAAAUAGCUAAAUAAUCAUAAGAUAUGGCCAAACUUAUUUGCAAUUCUGGAGGUGCAGUAGCAAUUGUUGAUUAUAUUAAUGAUGCUAAAGAAAGUGCUAGACUUCCUGGAAUUAUUACUCUUGGGUAUAUUUCUGCUUUUGAUGAAUCUUUGGCUAUGGGUGUUAUUUCUGCUAAAGGCAUUCCUCCAUUAAAAGAUGCACUUAUAAAGGAAAAGGAUGAUCUAGUUUAAGCCGCAGCUGCAUGGACUUUAGGUUAGAUUGGAGGACAUAGUCCUGAUCAUGCUAGGGCUAUGGCAGAAGCUGAUAUCCCAAGUGCUUUAUUAGCUGUGUAUAAAUUUAGAGAUAGUAGUGAAGAUUUAAAAAAGAAAGCGAAAAAAGCCCUUAAAAGUAUUUUAUAAAUGUGUAGCUUUUUAAAUGCUUUAGAGCCUUUAAUUAGUGAGGCCCCAGAUGAUAUUUUGUAGUAUGUUUUACAUUAGUUCGCUAAAACUUUACCUCAUGACAAUGUUGCUAAAAAGAGCUUUGUUUAAUCGGAAGGUCUUAAAAAAAUUUAAGAGAUUAAAGCAGCACCGGGAUCAAAGUUAAGGUAGUAUAUAGAUUCUAUUAAUUCUAUUUAUCCUUAAGAAAUUAUUUAAUAUUAUACUCCAGGUUAUUAAUAGACUUUGCUUAAAAAAUUGGAUGAUUAUAAUACUGGAGAUUGA